AACAGAAGUAGUAGGACAGUUGGAGAAUCGUCUUUGGGAUUCGAGCAAGGACGUCCGGGCCUGCUCCACUCACCAGUUGACCACUGUUCCACUCCGCCUGCCUUCUCAGCAGAAUCCGAUGGCCCACCUUCCCGCCUCUCCGGCGGCCGCGGUAUCCACCGGCCACCGCGUCUCGCCCUCGCCUCGCUCUUGCCCUUCCCUCCCGCAGCUGAAGACGACCGUACUGUCGUCGACAGGAGCCGCCGCGGGUCCCCGACCUUCCCGGCCAUGGAGGGGACUGGCAGCCACGGGCUCGGAUAAGGCCGCAUCGACUGGAACAAUUGCCAAUGCAAACGAAGUUCCUGUCUUGUCUUUCUCUGAGGUCGCUGAAAGGCUCGAUACAUUCCAUGCGUCUGGGGCUAGGAAUCAAAAUUACAUGGCCAUGUACUCUAGUAUUUUUGGUGGAAUUACAACAGGCCCUUCUGCAAUGGUCAUACCAAUUGAUGAUCACAUGGUUCAUAGAGGUCAUGGGGUUUUUGAUACUGCUGCUAUUAUGGAUGGUCACCUCUAUGAGUUAGAACAACACCUUGACCGCUUCCUGAGGUCUGCAUUGAUGGCCAAAAUACCAUUACCUUUUGAUCGCUCAACAAUUAGAAGCAUACUUAUUCAAACUGUGAGUGCAUCAAAUUGCACCCAAGGAUCACUCAGAUACUGGUUGUCUGUCGGACCUGGAGACUUCCAGUUAUCUUCAUCUGGCUGUGCAAACCCAGCCCUCUAUGCUGUUGUUAUUGAAAGUCCAUCCUUACAAGUACCAUCCUGCUGCAAAGUGGUCACAUCAUCUAUACCGAUAAAGUCUCCUCAAUUUGCAGUCAUGAAAAGUGUGAAUUACUUGCCCAAUGCACUCACCAAGGUGGAAGGUGAAGAGAAUGGUGCAUUUUCUGGCAUUUGGCUAGAUGAUGAGGGUUUCGUUGCAGAGGGUUCUAACAUGAAUGUUGGCUUUGUGACAAAGAGCAAGGAGCUUCUCAUGCCUUGUUUUGACAAGAUCCUGAGUGGGUGCACAGCAAGACGGGUUCUGACCCUCGCUGAGCAUCUAGUAGCUCAUGGAAAGCUCAGCAGGGUAAUAUCAAGGAAUGUGAGUGUUCAGGAAGGGAAGAUGGCCGAUGAGAUGAUGCUCAUCGGUAGUGGCAUUCUUGUAAAACCUGUUGUUCAGUGGGAUGAUCAGAUAAUUGGUUCUGGACAAGAAGGCCCGAUAGCUCAAGCGCUUUAUGACCUUAUUCUUGAGGACAUGAGAUCUGGUCCGCCAUCUGUUCGUAUCCCCGUCCCUUACUGAAACUGUUUGAAGUUUUGCAUAUGGUUGUAAGGGUGAACAAUGAUUUGUUGUUGUUGGUUAUCAGAGUUGUACGGUGGUCAUAUAAAAUCUAUGUAUUAAAAUAUAUGACAUCUAGGAAUGCUAAUUAUGCAAAAGAGUUGGGUUGUACAGUUGAGUGUCCCCUGAGUUCAUAGAUUUUCGAUGGACAUUGCUGGGCGUGUACCCUUUC